AUGGGGGACGAGAAAGCCCAGUCGCAUACAAUGGUAGAUGAGAAAGAUACCACUAAGGCCGUGGACCCAGUCCUCCUCCAACAUGCGCAGGAUGCAGAUGAGGCGCUGGGCGUCUUUCAGGAUCUCCAGGGAGAGGUGAUCGAACUCGACGAGGUCACGAACAAGCGACUCUUGCGCAGAAUCGAUUGGCACAUUAUGCCGAUCAUGUGUUUUGUCUAUGGCAUGAACUUCCUCGACAAAACAACCCUAUCUUACGCCAGUAUCAUGGGCAUCAAGACCGACAUCAACCUGCAAGGCGAUGACUAUCAAUGGCUAGGCAGUCUAUUUUACUUUGGCUAUCUGGCAUGGGAAUACCCCACCAAUAGACUUCUGCAGAGACUUCCUUUGGGGAAGUACUCCGCCGUGUGCAUCAUCAUCUGGGGAGCUAUCCUGUGUUGCUUCGCUGCAGUGUCGAACUUCUCUGGAGCUGUUGCCAUUCGCUUCUUCCUCGGCGUCUUCGAAGCCUCUGUCACCCCAGGCUUUGCUCUGCUAACCUCUCAGUGGUACACCAAAUCGGAACAAGGCAGCCGCGUCAACAUCUGGUUCAGCUUCAAUGGUUUCGCACAGAUCCUCGGCGGCUUCGUCGCCUACGGUAUCGCCGUCGGCACCGAGAAGCACGGCUCCGCCAUUGCUCCCUGGAAGAUCGUCUUCCUCGUGACGGGCCUCCUGACCGUCCUCCUUGGAGUUAUCUUCUACUGGGUGGUCCCCGACAGCCAGCUCAACGCACGCUGGCUCACCAAGGAAGACCGCAUUCUGGCCGUGGCCCGCGUUCGCGUCAACCAGCAAGGUAUCGGAAACAAGCAUUUCAAGCUCCACCAAGUCAAGGAAGCCCUGAUCGACCCGAUGACGUGGGCGUUCUUCUUCUACGCUCUCAUCGCAGAUAUCCCCAACGGCGGAAUCACCAAUUUCUUCAGUCAGCUGAUAACCUCCUUCGGCUACACUGCGGAACAAUCUCUUCUCUACGGCACGCCCGGCGGCGUCGUGGAGAUCCUCUCCCUCAUCGGCAGCGGCUUUCUGGGCCAAUACACCAACCAACGCCUCCUCUGCAGCGCCGGCGGUCUCGUCUCCGGUAUCCUGGGGAUGAUUCUCAUCGUCGCCUUACCACUCUCCAACAACGUCGGCCGACUGAUCGGCUACUACCUGACCCAAGCCAGCGCCACCUCGUUUGUGGCCCUGCUGGCCAUGAUCUCCUCCAACGUCGCCGGGUACACCAAGAAGACAACCGUCGCAGCGAUCUAUCUCAUCGGGUACUGCGCGGGAAAUAUCAUCGGCCCCCAAGUCUUCCGCCCGCAGGACGCCCCUCGCUACGUCCCCGCCGAAAUCACCAUCAUCGUCUGCUACGGGGUGUCGAUGAUGAUCCUCGGACUGAUCUGGUGGUGGUACCGCCGACAAAACGAGAAGAAGGCUCGCAUCCGCUCGAGUCCGGAGUAUACCCGGUUGGAGAACCAGGAGUGGAUGGACCUCACGGAUUGGGAGAACCAUGAUCUUGUCUAUGCUUUGUAA